GUUUAAACACAUUAUUAUAGUUGGUGCCGGGACAAGAAACUAAUGGAUGCAUAGUUGAAAAGUAUAAGAUCAGAUAUAUGUCAAAACUCUAAACCGAUUCAAGAAUGAAUUAUGUGAUUGGCUCCUUACAAUUCCUUAAAAUUGCAGUCUUAUGAUUAUAUUUGGAGCUGAAAACAUAUAAAAUUACAUUUAAAAAAAUAAUAGAAUUCUUUUCAGAAGUGCUAUCCAUGCAUCACAUUCCGUUGUUGGACUGUUAAAAUGGAAUCUUACAAGAUAGAUAGACAGAUAGAUAAACAGAGGAUACGACUGCUCAGUGUGGUUAUAGUGGCGCAGUUAAAGUUGAGCCUUUUAAAGUAUCAGUACACACCAGUGCAGUUCACACACAAGCAACUUACAACAAUCUUGCUUAAAGAGACUGAAAAUGUGCAAGACAACCAGCAAAGGAAGUGAUUCUGUGAGGAAUAAAACAUACAAAAAAGUGACAGCAUAUUUGGUGCUGCAGUGCAUUCUCCUGCUGGAGGCCAUUAUAUUGCUGAGUAUUGAGCACAAAACUAAGGCUGACAUAUAUGAGAACGGAGAGGAAAACUUUGCAAACCAAAAGAAUACUUUACGUGAGGAAAUCGAAAACUUGGAAACAAAAAAUGAUGGAUUACAGCAAGAAAACAACAAUGCAAAUAAGCAAAAACAACAGUUAAAAGAAGAGGAAAAAGCACUGUUGAAACAUCUUCAUGGAAUGGAUGGAUGGAUGUGCUAUCAAUCAGUUUUUUACUACAUGUCCACUGAGACGAAGAACUGGACUGAGAGUAAAACAGACUGUGAACAAAGAGGAGCAAGUUUGAUGAUUAUAAACAGCAAAGAGGAACAUAAGUUUUUUAAAUCUGAUGCUAAUAUCUGGAUUGGUCUGACUGACAAAAAUGAAGACAGGAAAUGGAAAUGGGUUGAUGGCAGCGAGCUGGCCACUGGUUUCAGCUCCUGGGGGCCUGGAGAACCAAAUGGACUUCAAGGAGAGAGCUGUGCUGCAUCAUUUUCAGCAGAAUUGUAUGAUUUUUCAUGCAGCGAGACUUUUAAUUGGAUUUGCGAGAGAAAAUAAUCCGAAAAGCUUUCAUUUGUGAGCUAAAAGUAGUAAGAUGGUAAAAAAAGAUGUAUUUUGCUAGAAAUAUAUGCAUACAUAUACAGUUGAAGUCAGAAUUUUAAGGCCCCCUAUGAAUUUUUUUCUUUUAUUAAUAUUU